UUUCUCAUUGACGCGCGUUUGUGAUGUUGUAACUUUGGUUUCCGCAGCAGUAAGAGGGUCACGUUUGUUGCAGAAGCUUGAGAAGAGUUCAUUCAUUUCUGAUAAAUUUCCCUCGGCGACUGUUUUAAUAAAGGCUGACAAUGCUGAGAACGGUGGUGUGUCGGGCAGGGAGAGGCCUUUUAAAGCAUUCACGGCAAACUGUGCCUGCGUUGUGGGGAACCCGAGCCCAGCAGCGAUGGGCUUCCAGCCUCCCUAUGAACACUGUGGUUCUGUUCGUGCCCCAGCAGGAAGCUUGGGUCGUGGAGAGGAUGGGACGCUUCCACCGGAUCUUGGAACCAGGUCUAAACUUCUUAAUUCCAAUCUUGGACCGAGUUAGAUAUGUUCAAAGCCUCAAAGAAAUAGUGAUCGAUGUACCAGAACAGUCUGCAGUUUCCCUUGACAAUGUGACGCUACAGAUAGAUGGAGUCUUAUAUCUCAGGAUACUUGACCCUUUUAAAGCCAGCUAUGGAGUAGAAGACCCAGAAUAUGCAGUCACACAGCUGGCACAGACAACCAUGAGAUCAGAGUUGGGAAAACUGACACUUGACAAAGUGUUUAGGGAAAGAGAAUCCCUUAAUUCCAACAUUGUCCACUCUAUAAACCAGGCGUCAGAUGAAUGGGGGAUUCGAUGUCUUCGAUACGAGAUCAAAGACAUUCACGUUCCCCCACGAGUAAAAGAAUCUAUGCAAAUGCAGGUUGAGGCCGAACGGAAAAAGAGAGCCACCGUUCUGGAGUCUGAGGGAAACCGGGAGGCGGCAAUUAAUGUGGCGGAGGGACGCAAACAGGCUCAGAUUCUGGCAUCUGAGGGAGAGAAGGCUGAACGGAUUAACAAUGCUGCUGGUGAAGCAAAUGCUGUUUUGGCUAAAGCUGAAGCAAAAGCCAAAGCUAUCAGACUACUGUCUGAGGCACUCACUCAACAGAAUGGAGAUGCUGCAGCAUCUUUUACUGUGGCCGAACAGUACAUCUCUGCUUUCUCCAACCUGGCCAAAGAGUCCAACACCAUUUUACUGCCCUCCAACACUGGAGACAUGAGCAGCAUGGUGACUCAGGCAUUGGCUAUUUAUGGGAGUUUAGCCAAGACACAAGCUCAGAGCGCAGUGGAGAGGGCGACCCCUGAGACUGCGGAGGCAUCGUUGGAAGGGAACUCUGUGUCUAAAACUGAAACUGGAUAGAAACACUGAUUCAGAACCAAACAUGUAUGUGCCCAUUGAGAUUUAUGCUGAAAGUCUCAUUUUGGCACAUGGUAUAUAAGAGACAAACUGUUGAUACCUCACACAUUGUGGUUAUAAAGAGAAGGAUAACAGAUGUGAGAAUAUAGAGGAAAUCGAAUAAAAACUCAAAGUGCUAUGUUGUCCUGAUUUAA